AUGGCCGCAGGAUCGUUUUCUUCUGCAGCCUUGGCCACUUGUGCUAGUACGUCAGCAGCACCACCAGGGCUGGCAUUCCUGCGUUUCCGAGUGCUCUGCUCCGUGGGGCUCGUGGAGCAGCUGUGCGGCCAUAUUGCCACUGCUCGGGAGCACUUUCAGGAAGCAGACGAGCUCGAGCCGCCCGACUGCAACUCGGUGCCAACCACAGGGCUCGCCCGCCUGGCAAUGGCGCUACACCUGCACUCUGUCGGCCAAUGGGAGCAAGCCACGUCAUACUACUCGCAGCUUAUCCAAUGUUCCUCGCCACCUUCUCCUCCUUCCUCCUCACCCCCCUCUUCCUCCUCCUCUCCCUCCUCUCCUUCCAUCGCAUCCCCAUCACCCACCGCGUCGUCCCUCUCGCCCUCUUUGCGUGCGGGGGCAGCGGAACGCGUGGGGGCGCUAUCAGGCCGGGGGCAGCUGCUGCUGCAGCAAGGCGAUUUCAAGGCAGCAGAGGAGCAAUUCACAACAGCUCUCAAAGAGGCAGAGGCCAUGGAUGAUAGCUCAGAUUUCAACCCAAUGAUGGGAGCCGUGCUUUCCCUGCUGGGCGACACAUACGCUCAAAGAGGCAGGCUGCAGCACACGGGGGAGGGAAUGAUUGCUGAGGGUCUUUUUCGGCGAGCACUGGCUCUCCUGGGGGCGGCACAGUGGGACAGUCUGGAUCACAGGCUGUCGCUGCUCGCAGGGGCAGCAAGCGGCUCGACUGCAGCGGAAGAUGCAGACGAAGAGCAAUUGAAGGAUCGGAAGAACCGAGUGCUGCAGCUGGACCUCAUCGCAUUCACCCUCGAGCGCUACGCAGCGGCCCUUCAGGCCUUCCCCAUGCGCGCCAGUGAGGCGCAAAGCAUGAGUGCCGCCGCCCACCACCUGUGGCGGUCGUCCCUCUCCCUCGACUCAGCCGUCACCUCAUCCCGAGUAUCCGCUGCUGCUUUCGAGCCGAUGAUGAAAUCGUCCGUUUGUGCUGCUGACAAUCCCGGUGUUUUGUCUGAAUCUAAAUCAGUGAAAGAUUCGGUUUGUGCAGCGCAUUUCUCGUUGCCUGCUCCAGUGGUGGAUGUAACAACAGGCAGGGUCUUGCUGUCAUGA